GCUAAAACUUUGUUAUUUUUAAAUCAUAGUGCCUAAAUAUUUAUUUUAUAGUUUUUUAUUUUAUAGACUCAAAUGUUGUCUCUGUAUUUCUUACUAUUAUUACUUGAAUUAUUAUCAGUUGUCUAUUAGUUUUCAUAUUGUGCCAAUUCAUAUGUAAUGUUUUUCUUUCUUUGUUAUGAGGACGCCACAUGGGCAAACGAAACCAUGAGCAAGAGAAUGCACUGUCAGACAGCAAAAGGCAAAACACACAUAAUAUUUCAAUUGCAAAAAGAGAUGAUCUUGAUGAACAAUUGUUUAGUAGACCAGCAGGACACAAUACUUUUAAAGGUUCAAGCAAUAAACGACUUCAAUUUAACCAAGAUGAGGACGAACAAGCAUCAGUCAGUGAACUGAAACGAAAAAAUAGUGGUAAUUUUUAUUUUAAAUUUGUUAAUAGUCCAGGAUACAGGAAUAUUAGUUUUGAAAAUGAUUCCAAUGAACAAGUUGUUGCGGACGAUAAGUCAAGAAAUAUAAACAAUCUAUUGAGAAACCAACUAUUGAGAAAUAUAACAUUCUUAAAAUAUGAGUUGAAACAAGUAUUAAGCAAUCAGACAGUAAUGCUUGAUAAACUGGACCAGAUGGAAAAGUGUUUAGAACAAAAUUCAUUUAAUAAGCCUGUGAUGGAAGUUAAUGGUGUUGACUUUAGUGAUUGUCCUCUGCCAAUUAAUAACAUUUAUGACUUACAAACAUUUGAAGACAAAAUAUCGGGCGAUCAAAGUUAUAAAAAUCAAUUGGUAUUUGAUCACAGAACUUUGUCAUAUAGGAGGAAAAAAUGUGAAAUCAGUUGUGAAAAGACCUAUGUCAAAACUUUUUCCCGACAGUUUACUAUCAGAGUACUCUUAUACAGAUUCGAUUAAAUAGCAAAUCAAAUUCAAAAGUAAUCCACUCAAUGAAGUUGAAGACAUAAUAAAAUAUAUUUUAGCUCAAUCUUUGUUUAGCUUAAAAAGGCAACUUUUGAAAAACAGUGUACUUAAUUCUAUUUAAAAAAAUUACUAUAUAUUAUAAUAUCUCACGUAUAAUAACUUGAAUAAAUCAUAAAUCA